AUGAGACAUACAAGGUCACAGACGUUGUCGCUUUUAACUUGUCACUUUUCAAGUGACAGGGUUGUCGCUUUUAACUUGUCGCUUUUCCUAAGUGACAGGGUUGUCGCUUUUAACUUGUCACUUUUCCUAAGUGACAGGGUUGUCGCUUUUAACUUGUCACUUUUCCUAAGUGACAAGGUUGUCGCUUUUAACUUGUCGCUUUUCCUAAGUGACAAGGUUGUCGCUUUUAACUUGUCGCUUUUCCUAAGUGACAAGGUUGUCGCUUUUAACUUGUCACUUUUCCUAAGUGACAGGGUUGUCGCUUUUAACUUGUCGCUUUUCCUAAGUGACAGGGUUGUCGCUUUUAACUUGUCACUUUUCCUAAGUGACAGGGUUGUCGCUUUUAACUUGUCACUUUUCCUAAGUGACAAGGUUGUCGCUUUUAACUUGUCGCUUUUCCUAAGUGACAAGGUUGUCGCUUUUAACUUGUCGCUUUUCCUAAGUGACAAGGUUGUCGCUUUUAACUUGUCGCUUUUCCUAAGUGACAGGGUUGUCGCUUUUAACUUGUCGCUUUUCCUAAGUGACAGGGUUGUCGCUUUUAACUUGUCGCUUUUCCUAAGUGACAAGGUUGUCGCUUUUAACUUGUCGCUUUUCCUAAGUGACAAGGUUGUCGCUUUUAACUUGUCGCUUUUCCUAAGUGACAGGGUUGUCGCUUUUAACUUGUCACUUUUCCUAAGUGACAGGGUUGUCGCUUUUAACUUGUCACUUUUCCUAAGUGACAGGGUUGUCGCUUUUAACUUGUCGCUUUUCCUAAGUGACAGGGUUGUCGCUUUUAACUUGUCGCUUUUCCUAAGUGACAAGGUUGUCGCUUUUAACUUGUCACUUUUCCUAAGUGACAAGGUUGUCGCUUUUAACUUGUCGCUUUUCCUAAGUGACAGGGUUGUCGCUUUUAACUUGUCACUUUUCCUAAGUGACAGGGUUGUCGCUUUUAACUUGUCGCUUUUCCUAAGUGACAGGGUUGUCGCUUUUAACUUGUCGCUUUUCCUAAGUGACAGGGUUGUCGCUUUUAACUUGUCGCUUUUCCUAAGUGACAAGGUUGUCGCUUUUAACUUGUCACUUUUCCUAAGUGACAGGGUUGUCGCUUUUAACUUGUCACUUUUCCUAAGUGACAGGGUUGUCGCUUUUAACUUGUCGCUUUUCCUAAGUGACAGGGUUGUCGCUUUUAACUUGUCGCUUUUCCUAAGUGACAGGGUUGUCGCUUUUAACUUGUCGCUUUUCCUAAGUGACAAGGUUGUCGCUUUUAACUUGUCACUUUUUUCCUAA